AUGGCCGUUGCUUGUGACAACGCUUCUUACGAGCGUAGGCCUGUCGAGUGGCAGUUGCCGAAGAUCUGGAUCAUCUCUGCUGUCCUUGGCAUUCUGCUGGCCGCGGGGACAUGGGUCAUUCGCGGAACUUUGUUCUUACCCGAUGGUGGUAGAACAGGGGAGAUCGUUUUCCUCGAAAUUGCUUUGACGGAGAAUUGGCUCAUAAUUGUGACUAUGGGCGGCGCAACCCAGCCGUCCCUUCUGCUGGUCAUUGCCAUCGCCGGUGUGGAUGUUUUGGCAACCUGUUUCUGCUUAUCCGGAUGGUUUUGA